AUGGAAAGAAAUCUAUUCGAUCCUGAGAAGUCACGAGUCAUCCCCCCGGUCAGCCAAAUCCCGAGACGAAUCGGAAGUCCACCACUUAGUCCCACACCCAUUACCAGCCGGGCUAUUAGGACACUAAGCCAGGAAUUGGCAACCACAUCCCGCCUCGCAGUCAAACGCGCACCCCCACAACCAGAAGCAGACGAACUCCAAGACGAAAAGAGGCCCAAACCAGGGUCACGCACACCGUCAUCGGGUGAAGAAUCAGACUCAUCUACUCCACCACCUAUUCCGGAGAGGGAAUUGGAUGCUCCUAUAACAAGACAUAUCAACCCACCAAAGUCACCGUCACCAACAAAGACCCUACCGGACAUCCCAACUGAGACCCAAGAAAUGGACGCAGAACCCGUGCCGGUACCAUCGACAGCCCCAGACACGUACGCACGCAUAGCGGCCGCGCCCAAAGCGACGCGACCACCAUCUCCACGAACAACGGGACCAACACCACCCAUUGAAACACCAACAGCGGCAAACACCAGCUCCAUCUGCGCACGUGACAACAGGGACAACACUAGCCCCACCAGCAAAUGGUCCAACAGAGCGCAACAUGGCCCCCAAAAAGAAGCGGAAGAGGAGGAAGAAAAAGAAAGCGGCCACUCCAGCAGUAGAAACAAGAGUGACUCUCCCCCCUCCCACCUAUACCCCACAACAAACACGACAACAAGCAAAUCAACCCCGAGAACAAUACCAGCGAAAAAAGGCAACAAUCGCCACACCCGCCACACAAACCCCAUAUAUACCAACCACCGUAGAAGAAGCCCUCACGGAGGUAGUGGGAGUGGUCAUCAAGAUUUUGGGUGA